UAAAUUAAAAUCUAUUUUAAUCAAUAUCUUCCCAAAAAUACAUUUAUUUAACCCAUACAUGGGCAUCACUGGCUUGCUACCAAUUAUAAAACCUACACUAAAAAAAAUACACAUAAAAAAAUUUAAAGAUAAAAAAAUAGGAAUUGACGGAUAUGCAUGGCUUUAUCAAAUCUUGAACUCAGUGGCAGAAGAGUUAUAUCUUAAUACACCAACUACACGCCAUUUAAAAAUGUUUGAGAACAAAAUAAGACAUUUAACGUCUAAUGGUGUAAUUCCUAUUGUAAUUUUAGAUGGAGACUUUUUAGUUUCGAAAGAAAAAACAAAUUUAGAAAGAAAAUUACGUAAAGAAAAAUAUAAAGAAGAAGUUGAAAUGUUGAUUGCCAAAAAUAAUUGGAAAAAAGCAAAAGAACUAAUGAAAAGAUGUGUUUCUGUGUCUAGAAAAGUUAUUUGUGAUUUAACAAUCCUUCUUAAAAAUCUUAAGAUCGAAUACAUAAUUGCACCUUAUGAAGCGGAUGCACAAUUAUGCUAUUUAGAAAGUAUUGGAUACAUUGAUUGUAUUAUGACAGAAGAUAGUGAUAUGAUACCAUUUGGAUGUAAAAAUAUUUUAUUUAAAUUUGACAAUUCAUAUGUAGAACAUUACACAAUUGAAUGUUUAGAAAAAGCAAAGGAUAAAUUUUUUAAAAAUUAUAUUCAGGAUAUUUGUAUUUUAAGUGGAUGUGAUUACGCAGACUCAAUACCAGGAAUAGGUGUAUUAACUGCAUAUAAAUAUUUAAUUAAAGGUAAAAGUAUAGAAAAUGUUAUAAAAUUGAUACAAGUAAAAAAGACAGUGCCCGAAACUUAUAUAGAAAAUUUUAAUAAAGCAAAACUUACUUUUAAUCAUCAAGUAAUUUAUGAUCCUAUAAAUAAAAAAAGAAAACAUCUUAAGCCACUUGAACAACAUCAAGACUUUUUAGGUUCACUAGACGAUGUAGAAUAUUUUUAUGAAAUGGAGGAACAAAAAGAUUCGCUAUCACAAUUAAUUGAACCUAAACGAAUAAUAAUUAGUCGACACUAUAAACCUAUUACAACUGAAGAAAUAAUACUAAAAGACAUUAAAGUAACAAAAAAAAAUUCUAAAACUGAUGAUAAUUUAUACUCUCCUUACUUUACACAAUAA